AAAUCUCUUCACCGUCACGAGCUCCAAGGCGGGGUUACAGACCAGCAUGGAGUAGAGGCACCGCGAGAAGGAGCCGCAGCAGCCCGAGUUAUGCAGCUGCUCGCCUUGUGAACACAAUCCCGCAAAAGCAAAGUCCAAAAGUAACCAUGUACUCCCCGUACUGCCUGACCCAGGAUGAAUUCCACCCCUUCAUUGAAGCUCUCCUUCCGCAUGUCCGUGCCUUUUCCUACACAUGGUUCAAUCUGCAAGCUCGGAAGCGAAAGUACUUUAAGAAGCACGAGAAGCGAAUGUCAAAGGAUGAGGAACGAGCUGUGAAGGAUGAAUUACUUGGUGAAAAGCCUGAGAUCAAGCAGAAAUGGGCAUCCCGACUCCUGGCCAAGCUACGCAAGGAUAUCCGCCCAGAGUUUCGUGAGGACUUUGUCUUGACCAUCACAGGCAAGAAAGCUCCGUGUUGUGUCCUCUCCAAUCCAGAUCAGAAAGGCAAAAUUCGCAGGAUUGACUGCCUGAGGCAGGCUGACAAGGUUUGGAGGCUGGACCUAGUUAUGGUCAUCUUGUUCAAAGGGAUCCCCCUUGAAAGUACUGAUGGGGAGCGGCUAUACAAGUCGCCGCAGUGCUCAAACCCGGGCCUUUGCGUCCAGCCACACCACAUUGGAGUCACAAUUAAAGAACUGGAUCUUUACUUGGCGUAUUUUGUUCACACUCCUGAAUCCGGACAAUCAGACAAUUCAAACCAGCAAGGAGACGCGGACAUUAAACCACUGCCCAAUGGGCAUUUGACUUUCCAGGACUGUUUUGUGACAUCAGGCGUUUGGAAUGUUACAGAGCUGGUGAGAGUGUCACAGACUCCUGUUGCCACAGCGUCUGGUCCAAACUUUUCUCUGGCUGAUCUGGAGAGUCCCAGUUACUACAACAUCAAUCAAGUGGCUCUUGGUAGACGGUCAAUAACAUCUCCACCCUCUAGCAGUUCCACCAAACGGCCUAAGUCACUAGAUGACAGUGAAAUGGAGAGUCCAGUAGAUGAUGUGUUUUAUCCUGGAACAGGACGGUCCCCAGCAGCUGGAAGCAGCCAAUCCAGUGGUUGGCCCAAUGAUGUGGAUGCGGGACCGGCUUCUUUAAAGAAGUCAGGAAAGCUGGAUUUCUGCAGUGCCCUGUCCUCCCACACCACCUCCCCGAGAAUGGCUUUCACCCACCACCCGCUGCCUGUCCUAGCAGGAGUCAGACCAGGAAGCCCCCGUGCCACAGCGUCGGCCCUGCACUUCCCGUCAACCUCCAUCAUCCAACAGUCCAGCCCCUACUUCACACACCCGACCAUCCGCUACCACCACCACCACGGCCAGGACUCGCUGAAGGAAUUUGUGCAGUUUGUAUGCUCGGAUGGCUCAGGCCAGGGCUCUGGGCAGCCUAACGGUAGCGGCCAGGGCAAAGUCACGGGGUCAUUUUUGCUGCCGCCACCUCCACCUGUGGCCAGACCAGUGCCCCUUCCAAUGCCUGAUACAAAAUCCACCAGCACUAACCCAGAGGGCGGAGCGCCGACACCAACAUCACCCUCAUUCUCAGCGCCAGGCUCCUCCUCCUCUGCCAACCGGUUUGUCGGCAUCGGACCCCGGGACGGCAACUUUCUAAACAUCCCCCAGCAAUCUCAGUCUUGGUUCCUCUGACAGGAUCUUCAAGUGAAGAAAAAUGAUGAUGAUGAUAAUGAUGAUGAUGAUGACGAUGAUAAUUUUUCACUCAAGCCCUGCGAAUCAGAAUCUUCAGUCCUUAACCCAUAUCUUCACUGAGCUGCUCCUCUUCAAAGAAAAGUAAGAGACAUUGGGUAACACAGAUGAGAAGCUUAAAAAAAAUUUGGACCUCCCUGAUCCAAGGCAGAUUUUGCAUCUGCAUAGGAGAAACUUGUCUUCUCAAAGAAUCUCAUCAACUCACACUGAAGUAACUCUUUGUUAAAAUAAUGUAUAAAAUAGUUCUGGACAGGCCACCCAAACAAUGUUUUUUUUUGUUUAAAAAGGGAUUUUUUUUCAUUCAUCAUGGGCAAAGAAUAACACUCACAUCUACCAGUCUCAAAUCCCAAAACUGUCUCAAGAUUGAAGGAUUAUGUUUGCUGGGAUAUGAAAAGGGAGAUUGUUCCCUAGAGAUUUGUCUACUUAUUAGACUAAAUCCAAGGAGAAUUCUGAAUAAGCUAAACAAACUAAGAGCACUUGCUUAACCAGGGCUUGAGCCCCUCAUUGGUUUGAAGAAACACCUUCAGAGAUAGGUGGAGGCUGCAAGCAAAUCAAAUUUGGUCUUAGUUCCACUCAGUGAAUAGGCCAAUUCAGUGCACCAUUGUGGUUCAGAUCUGGAAAUGGUUUAGAUUAAGCAUUACUUCUCCCACCAAACAUAUGUUCCCUUGUUAACCAAAUUAACAUUGCAUUUCUACAAGUGAAAAUAAAGCAAAAGCAGAAACACUUCUGAAUACCAGAUGCUCCAACUGAAUUCUAUUCCAGAGCAAGGAAUAAAUUCCUUUUCCUCGCCUCCCUCCUCAAGCAUGCAUGCACACACCGACCCCAGCACAAAUCUUUUCUCUGCUGAUCUUGGUAUCUAGUGCUUCCUUGUAUUCCUUGCUCUGAAUGACCUUUUCCUGACUCUCAGAAAAAAAAAUGUUUGGAUUACAUGGAAAAUAUGUUCAGCCUUAUUCUGCAUGAACUGGAAUUCCUUUCCCCAUAGUAACAAGAAAUAUGGGCACACUUCAGUUCAUGGUGACAAGUUAGGUUUGACUGGAAAGUGUUUCUCUUUGAAAAGAAACUCCUUGCUGCUAUUGCAAAUGGAGAAAUAUUUAGGAUAGUAUUCAUUCUUUUCUAAAUAAUCAAAAAAGAUUAGCAAGGCAGCAAAGGGGCAUACUUCAAUUGUACCCCAAACUGAUCACUGGAGCUAGAGUAACUAGCUCAGACAGGUACGUUUCAUCAGAGUACCCAGCCUAGUCUAGGCUUCAGCCUUGUGAGAUUGUGGGUGUUUGUUGUUACUAUGGUUUGACACUUUUGCUGAUCCCUUUUAUCCACUUCAUUUUCUUACUCUUUGAGUUGUUGUAUUUCCUUUGGCUUCCUCUACAUACAGGUGACACCAACAAUUAAGUACAAUUGGGUUUUGUUGUUACUGUUAAAACAAACAAACAACAAAGAUCAUAACAGCCACAGCAGACCACAGCGCAACAAAAUGAAUUGUAUAUAAUUAGAAAUAAUAGAGGCUGCCUAAUGGGUAGUUAUGAGGGUUUGACACUACCAUCUGCAUACCAUGUGCAAAUGCACACAUGUGCACCAGAUCAGUCACACAGUUCCAUGCACUUUCCUCUUUCCUUGUCUCACACUACAGUAAAAC